AUGAGCACCGGCAAAGAGAAACUGGAGCAGCAGCAAAACAAACAAAUGCAGCAGCAUCAGCAGCAGCAUCAUCAAAGUCAGCAGCAGCAGGAGCAGCAACAGCACCAAGAGCAGCAGCAGCAGCGCCACAAGCAGCACCAUCAGCAUCAGCACAGCAGCACCGCAGCAGCAGCACUGCAGCAGCAGCACCGCAGCAGCAGAAUUGCAGCAGCAGCAUCGCAGCAGCAGCACUGCAGCAGCAGAAUUGCAGCAGCAGCAUCGCAGCAGCAGCACGGCAGCAGCAGCAGCACGGCAGCAGCAGCACGGCAGCAGCAGCACGGCAGCAGCAGCACGGCAGCAGCAGCAGCAGCAGCAGCAGCAGACCAUCUGGAUGUUGACUGA